CCACGGUUGGAAUUGUCGGCGGCCGUGCUUGCAACGAAGCUGUAUGAGGAUGUGACCGAGAGGGCUCAGUUAGUUUUCGAAAAGGUAUGGUUCUGGACAGAUUCUACCACGGUCUUAUAUUACAUAAAUGAUGAAUCUAAAAGGUUUAGCACCUUCGUCGCCAACCGACUGACAAUCAUCCAUGAAUUGUCCACACCCAGCCAAUGGAAACACGUCAAAUCCGGUUGCAAUCCUGCUGAUCCGCUAUCGAGAGGUACUACAUCUCUAGCCUCCUUAAAGAACUGGUUCCUCGGGCCAGAUUUUCUGCUGAGCGAGAACGAUGAUUGGCCCGAAUUCUGCCUUAGUUGCGAGCCGGAAGAUGCAGAACUGAAGCAUUCUACUGUUCAGGUCUACGCAACCUCAAAGGAAACACCAUUGUCUACUCUAAUCCAAGGGUAUUCAGACUGGGUUAAGUUGUUAAGGACUGUUGUGUGGCUGUCUCGAUUCAAGCAGUACCUGAAUGCUCGUAGGUGUGGAACCAGUGGAGUGCUGCAACAUGCUCGGUUAAUUACUCUAAAGGAACUUCACAGGGCCGAGUACGACGUCAUUCGAAUCGCGCAGCUCGAAUUUUAUCGAGCGGAACUAACACGACUCGAAAAGAUAGCUGGGGACUCGGCGUCUCCUAAGGGGGAAAUACUGCGAGGUCCUCUGGCGCGACUACACCCAAUAAUGCGUGAUGGCUUGCUUUGUCUAGGUGGUAGGUUGGCCUACUCGGAGUACGAUGCUUCCUUUAAGUUUCCAAUUAUACUACCUCCCAAGCACACUGUCACCGAUUUGUUGAUCCGCUUUUAUCACUUGCUGGAAGGUCACGCAGGUGUUUCUCAAGUUCUGGCGAGUCUACGCCGUAAAUAUUGGAUAGUUCGUGGAAUGGCGGCAGUAAAGCGGUUAAUAGGAACUUGUUGGACAUGCAAAAAAGACUCGCCACUGCCGGUCAACAGCUAAUGGCACCGUUGCCGCUAGCCCGUGUGGAACGGGGAUGGCACCCCUUCAAGUUUGUCGGCGUGGAUUAUUUCGGACCAUUUAUUGUUAAACACGGGCGGAGACAAGAGAAGCGCUAUGGAUGCCUAUUUACAUGUAUGCAAGCACGAGCCGUACACAUCGAACUCUCACCUACAUUGAGUACUGACUCUUUUAUCAUGGCCCUGAAACGAUUUGUUGCCCGCAGAGGGACCCCGGCCGAAAUAUUCAGUGAUAAUGGGGGCAAUUUUGUGGGUGCUGCUACUGAGUUGCGUACUGCCAUGAAGAGCUGGUCACAAGCAAAGAUCAAUGAUAAGCUACUGAGUAUAGGAGUGCAGUGGCACUACAACCCACCGAUGGCCAGUCACAGAGGUGGUAUUUGGGAACGCAUCAUUAGGUCUGUUAGGCGGAUCCUGUUAUCUGUCGCAGGGCAGCAGACGUUGGAUGACGAGACACUGAACACUCUCCUUAUUGAAGCGGAGCGCAUCGUCAACAGUAGACCACUUGUACCGCUAACUUCGGACCCCAACGACCGCGAGGCACUUACACCUAACGAUUUGCUGAUAUUGCGAUCCAACGCAACGCAUAUAUUAACGGCCCUGCCUGAAGAAUAUAACCGCUGUUGGCGACAGGUGAAUUACCUAACUGCGUUGUUCUGGAAAAGAUGGGUCAGAGAGUAUUUGCCGUUGUUGCAAUCGAGACAAAAGUGGUUACACAGCAGUCGAAAUUUUAGACCAGGUGACGUGGUUUUGGUCUCUUCUGAAGCGAGCUCGCGUGGAACAUGGCCAUUGGGAGUUAUUGAGAGCUGCACUGAUUCUGGAGAUGGGCUCGUCAGGACGGCUGUUGUCAGAACAAAGGAAGGGUUGUACAAAAGAGACGUGCGUAAGCUCUGUUUGUUAGAAGGAAGUGACACGGGUGGGAAUGUAGUUCCGGCUGUUGGCUCUCCGCAGGUGGGAGGCGGGUCUUCGGAUCUGCUGCUCCAGGGAGGACCACUGUGAGUCCAACAGCCGAAGUGGGAGGGAUCAGGCGUACCGUUGUAAGUCCUGUGACCUCCCAUAGCGGAUGGAGUUGGCGUAGGGCGAUCCAGAACAGAACGUGUCGUCCUCAACCACUGGAAAAUCCGGGACAGAUUUUCGCGGGGAGUGUAAC